CCUGCAUUUCUAUCGUACUUUUGUCGCAGGUGAAACAUAACAUUUCAAUGACUGCAACCGAGCACUGCUAAGGUCAGCUACACGCAGCAUAUGUCUGAUUCUGCCCCUGGCAGUCGGACUUCGAUAUGGAGUCGGAACGAGAUCGACACCACCGGAGCUGGGACUGGGACGACUCACGAUGUCGUGCCCAGCUGGACGAGGUGUUUUUCCGGCAACACGACUAUAUCCAGGCGGGAAGCCCGGAGCACAAGGAAUUCUGGGCUUUCUUUGAGCGCUUCCAAAGGUUCAAGGAAAAGAGGGAAAUGAUGGGGUCACAGGGCAACAACGAUGGAAAGCAAGACAGCAAACCCAAGAAGAAGACAGGAAGUGUUGAUCUGGGGCUGCCCAAGGAAUAUGAUGCCCGCUACAGGAUCAAUGUGUCCGUGUGCACUAAGGACGUGGAGGAACGCCUCGGUGGCUCAGAACAGCGGCGGCGGCAGACCUCCUCUGGGCCAGGAAGGGAGGAGAUAGCCACCUGCCGACUGACCCUCCUCCACUUCCUGGACUUCACCCAGAGGCAGAGCUUUGGCAAGUUGGCCAAGCUGCAGCGAGAGCAGAGAAGCCUGCCCAUCUUCCAGUACAGGGAGCGCAUCGUGGAGCUGGUGAGGACGCACCCUGUGGUGGUGGUAGCAGGGGACACAGGCUGUGGGAAGUCCACCCAGGUGCCUCAGUACCUCUUGUCAUCCGGUUUCAGCAACAUUGCCUGCACGCAGCCACGCCGGAUCGCCUGCAUCUCCCUGGCGAAGAGGGUCAGCUUUGAGAGUCUCAAUCAGUAUGGAUCCAAGGUGGGAUACCAGAUCCGCUUUGAAACCACGCGCACUCCCGCAACGAAGCUGCUGUUCCUGACCGAGGGGCUGCUGCUUCGGCAGAUCCAGCAGGACGGGGCGCUGGGGCAGUACCAGGUGCUGAUCGUGGACGAGGUUCACGAGAGGCACCUGCACUGUGACUUCCUCCUGGGCGUGCUCCGCUCGCUGCUCGCCCUGCGCCCAGAACUGCGCCUCAUCCUCAUGUCAGCCACCAUCAACAUUAAGCUCUUCUCCUCCUACUUUAACAACGCGCCUGUCCUGCAGGUCCCUGGAAGGCUUUUCCCAAUACAGGUGAUCUACCAGCCGGUGCCACCAGAGGAGCAGCCCUCCCGCUCAGAGAAGUUGGACCCCCGGCCGUACCUGCGGGUGCUGCAAGGCAUCGACCAGCGCUACCCCCCCGAGGAGAGGGGCGACCUGCUGCUCUUCCUCAGCGGAGUGGCGGAGAUCUCCACCAUCCAGGAGGCCUGCCAGACCUACGCCACGCACACCCGCCGAUGGAUCGUCCUGCCCCUGCACAGCACCCUCUCCCUGGCCCAGCAGGAUAAGGUGUUUGACAUCGCACCCCCGGGGGUGAGGAAAUGUAUCAUCUCCACCAACAUCGCCGAGACCUCAGUCACCAUUGACGGUGUACGCUUCGUGGUGGACUCAGGCAAGGUGAAGGAGAUGAGCUUCGAUCCCAAGGCCAAGAUGCAGCGCCUGCAGGAGUUCUGGAUCAGCAGGGCCAGCUCAGAGCAGCGCAAGGGUCGAGCGGGGCGAACCGGACCUGGGGUCUGCUACCGCCUCUAUGCGGAGUCAGACUACGAGGCCUUUGCCCCCUAUCCAGUCCCCGAAAUCCACAGAGUGGCCUUGGACUCCCUGGUGCUUCAGAUGAAGAGUAUGGGCCUUGGAGACCCCCGAACCUUCGCCUUCAUUGACCCUCCGCCUGCUGCCAGCAUCCAGACUGCACUAACUUAUCUGAAGGACCAGGGGGCGCUAGACAGCCAAGAGGAGCUCACAUCUAUCGGGAGCCUGUUGGCACAGCUGCCUGUGGACGUGGUCAUCGGGAAGAUGCUGGUGUUGGGCGCUCUGUUCAACCUGGUGGAGCCUGUGUUGACGCUGGCGGCUGCCCUCAGCGUUCAGUCCCCCUUCCUGCGCAGCGCCCAGCACAAUCCAGACUGCUCCACCGCACGGCAGCCCCUGCACAGCAACCAGGGAGACCCCUUCACCCUGCUGAACACCUUCAACACCUGGGUGCAGGUGAAGGCGGAGAGGGGCGGCGGCUCGAGGAAGUGGUGCCGCCGGCGCGGUUUGGAGGAGCAGCGGUUGUACGAGAUGGUAAACUUGCGAAGACAGUUUAAGGAGCUGCUGAUGAGCCACGGGCUGCUGGACAGAGACGAGAGCGCACCCUGCUGGCAGGACAGGCAGCAGCGGCGGGAGAGGCACAGCGAGCGGCGCAAGCUGCACCAGCUGAAGAGGGACCACGACCUGCAGGAGGGGACCCGCCGCAAAGUGCUGAAGCUGGGGGAGGGGGAGGAGGACGCGGGCUCCUCCGGGUCGGAGGAGGAGGGGGCGGGGAGAAGGAAGAGGGAGAAAGAGGGAGCGGGCCAGGGCGUGGACAUACAGGAAGUGAAGUUCAAGCUGCGUCACAAUGUGACAGAGCUGCAGGAGGCGGCCAGCGCCAGCCAGGACCUGUCCUCGCGCCAGCAGGCCCUGCUGAAGCUGGUGCUGUGCCGGGGGCUGUACCCCCAGCUCGCCCUGCCCGACGAGCACAACGCCACACGCAAGGACUCGGAUCAGAUAUUCCAUACACGCAACAAGCAGGGAGUGGUCAUCCACCCUACCAGCGUGUUUGCCAACGACCCCGAGGUGCUGCACGUUGCGGAGCAGGACCCCAGGGAGUCAGGUGCUGACAAGGGCGAGAGCACCAAGCACCAGCUGCUGGGCUUCGUCACUCUGCUGGAGACCAACAAGCCCUACCUGUCCAACUGUGUGCGCGUCCCCGCCUUACAGGCUCUGCUGCUGGUGGGCAGCUCGGUGGACAGCAACGCCGACUGCACUCGCUUGGUGGUGGAUGGGUGGCUGGAGCUGGGCCUGAGCGACGGCGAGGCGGCCCUCCGCGCCCUCUCCUCUGCCCUGACGCUGCGUGGGGACUGGGAGCGCCUCCUGCAGGCCCAGCUCGGCAGGGGCGCUGGCGGGCUGGCAGGAUCCGGAGUCUCCCGAAAGGACCUGGAGAAGCUGUGUGAGAGCCUGGUCCGCUUCCUGCUCUACACUGAGGUCAGUUACAGCCUGCGACGCCUCACCGCUCUGCAGUCACAGAACUUGUACAUCGGCCCCCAGCAGGUGACAGGACUCCCUGACGCCCCGGCCCUGAACCCACUCUUCCCUGGCAUGGAGGCUGAACCCCACCCUAUCAAAGGAGGGCUACGGGUCACCAGCUUUUUCACCUACAACUGUCUAAGUGACUCCAAGGAUCUGUACAGUGAAUGUCUGCGUACUUUCUGGAGCUGCCCGCACUGUGACCUCUACAUGCCCCUCACACCCUUGGAGCGCAUGCAACACGAGGCCACCUGCAGGCCAGCUGGGGAACAGCAGUCUGGGGAGGAUCUAGAGAGUGAGACGGCUGCUAGCUCCAAGUCAUCAUCCUCUACCUCUGGCCUAACCCGGGUCUACCACUGUGAAAUCUGUGACAAAGACCUGACCCUGACUCCCACCGAGAUCCUGAAACACAAGAGGAGCCACCUGUGAGGUCAGGUGCACCCCUUGCGUAGUAGCAGGUACAGCUGAGGUCCGCUUUGUCACAAAUAGUCCUGGAAAGCUGCGUGACGCACCGUCAGUGCUGAGGCUGAGGUGUAAGCAGCCUGGGCAGCUGCCGUCCGCAGCUCCGGUGCAGCGUCCACACAGACCAGACCUCUGUGGGGCGAGAGAGUCGGGUUUACGGGAACUAGGAUGACAAGUACUGCUAAUGCUCCGGGAAACAUCAGUGGAUUUG